AUGAGCUGCUGGAUGCCUCGGUGCCCAGCUCUCAGCAUGUGCCGAGGGGUUGCCGCGCUUCCCAUCACUUGCCUGGAAAGAGCCAAGGAACUCAAGAGCCGCCUGGGGAUCCUGCUCCACAAACCAGAGCUGGCACAACGGAUCGGGGCGGCCGGCAAGCUGCAGCUGGGCUCCAGGCAGAGAGACUCCUCACGAGAGGUGCUCGAGUGGAGGGAAUCCUUCGAUCAGCUCCUGAAGAGUAAAAACGGGGUGACCGCCUUCCACACCUUCCUCAAGACAGAGUUCAGCGAGGAGAACCUGGACUUCUGGCUGGCCUGCGAGGACUUCAAAAAGACCCGGUCGAAAACCAAGCUGGCCUCCAAGGCCAACAGGAUCUUUGAGGAGUUCGUCCAAAGCGAGGCGCCCAGGGAGGUGAACAUCGACCACGAAACCAGGGAGAUCACCAGAAAGAACCUCUCGGGGGCCACCUCCGCUUGCUUCAACGAAGCCCAGGCGAAGACCCGCACCCUGAUGGAGAAGGACUCCUACCCCCGCUUCCUCAAGUCCGCCUCCUACCAGGACAUGACCAAGCAGGCCGCCAGCCGCGGCACCAGCAAGCGCUUACACACCUGA